AAGAGCUGUGUCAGUCUGAGUCCAGCGAUGCAUAUCUUUACCUGUGUCCUAAUUUGGAGGCAUGCCUAGGCAAUCGCAUUUGGCACACACUUGACUUGAACUUUGUGUAACAUUAUUCGUCGGUCAAAUAGUCAGUCAGUAACACUGCCCAGGAAACAGAAGUGAGAAGUUGCAUCUAGCAGCAAGGGAAGCAGGCACUUGAAACUGGUUGCUGCUGUGAGAAGACAUAACGAAAAGUUAUCAGCAUGAAUGUGGAUUAUAUUGAAUAUGAGGAUUACACUCCAGACAAUGAAACUGAGUACCACAACGUUACAACUGGACAGACCUUCAGUAUUUCUCAGUCUUCUUUCACUCAUGUUCUGGUGGCACUCAACAUCAUUAUAUCUGUGAUUGGCCUUGUAGGAAAUGCAAUAGUGAUCUGGAUCUGUGGAUGGAAAAUGAAAAGAACGGUCAUCAACACCUGGUACAUCAGUCUGGCCAUUUCAGACUUUAUGUUCUGCGCCAUUUUGCCCCUGGAAGUAUUCUACAUGAUCACCUCACACUGGCCUUUCGGACUGGUCUUGUGCAAGCUCACCUCCUCCGCGCUGUUUCUCAACAUGUACAGCUGUGUGUUCCUGCUAGUUCUGAUCAGCGCUGAUCGCUGUAUAAUGAUCUCAUUCCCUGUGUGGUCACACAACCACCGGUCAGUCCGGAAAGCAUUUGGAGUCGUUGUCCUCAUGUGGGUCCUUUCUGCACUCUUAACGUUGCCCUCACUGCUCUUCAGACAAACCACUGUCCACGGCUCAGUCACUCAGUGCCACACCAGUUACAUGGACCAUUCCAAACACAAGGCCGUGGUCCUGACUCGAUUCAUCUGCGGGUUCCUGAUUCCCUUCCUUGUGAUUGUUUUCUGUAGUUCGGUGCUCUGUGUGAAGCUGAGAAGAUUGACCAUGAAGUCAACAAAGCCUUACAAAGUCAUGGCGGCGCUCAUCUUGUCAUUUUUCUUCUGCUGGGUCCCCUAUCAUGCGUUUGUUCUUUUAGAGUCAGACCUGAAGAACCACAGUCUGGAAGUACUUCAAAAUGGCCUGAAGGUUGGGGCCACACUGGCUGCAGCAAACAGCUUCAUAACCCCAGCUCUCUAUGUGUUCAUUGGUAAUGACUUUAAACAAAUCCUAAAGCGCUCCUUGACAUCAAGGAUAGAGGAGGCAAUGGCAGAAGAUUUCCGUACAGGGGUUCUCAAUCACUCUAGGUCUAAAGCAAUAGAUAUGAUCUAAAAUGAAGUUGAAGCCUUUGUUUUUAAUGACAAGGAGCAUUUCACAGUACAGAUAUUGACAAAACUGUAUGACAUGGCAUGUUUUAUCUGAGAUGUGUAUACUGUUUUUAGGUACAUGUAUCAACUAUAUAUUUAAAUUGUGAUAAAACCUGAUUGCUUUUGUACUCCUUAUCAAAUUCAUGACACAGUGAUUACAAAUGGUCAAUUGGACUUUGUUAGUUAGCUAUGCACUUUCCAAUGACAUACAUAAAAGCACCAGUGUAGAAUUUAAGGGUAUCCAGAUUGUCAGAAAUGAAGUAUAAUAUUAUAUAUAUUAUACAAUAAGAUUAUAUAAUUAUUAUUAGAUUGUUUUAUGAGUGUGAACUAAUUGCUUGUGUCUUUUUAUGUCUCCAAACUUUUGUAAGAUGAAUAAAGUAUUUUUAAUUAAAUUGAAGUGCAUCUCGUGCAAUAUAUUAUGAUGUGGUUAAGUUGACU